AUCCGCCAUGUGGCUCCUCGUAUUGCUGGUGUGGUUGGCGGUGUGGGUGGCGGGCACCUACUGGUACCUCUUUGGCAAGCGCAGCCCCUUCUCCCUGGACUCAGUCAGGCCUCCUGGACCGCGAGAGUUUGACCAAAGGAAGCGGGACAAAGUCAUCAAGCAAGGUUUCAGCCUGGACAAGGUGCCCCGCGACUUGGAUAUCAUCGUGAUCGGCAGCGGCAUCGGCGGGCUGGCGGCGGGCGCCACGCUCGCCAAGGCGGGCAAGAAAGUUCUGGUUCUGGAGCAGCACGACCAGGCCGGAGGCUGCUGUCACAGCUACAUUGAGAAAGGCUUCGAGUUUGACGUUGGGCUUCACUACGUUGGUCAGCUGCACGAGAACAGCCUGCUGCGGAUCAUCUUUGACCAGCUGUCUGAAGGCCAGCUGGAGUUCCAGAAGCUAAACCCGCACUUCGACACGAUCCAGAUCGGCCUGGGGGAUGACAAGCGGGAGUACACCAUCGUUUCGGGGAAAACUGAAAUGAAGGCGCACCUCUUGAAGCAGUUUCCAGAUGACACAGAGGCCAUCGAGACCUUCUUCAAGAUCAUGAAGAUCUCAGCCAAGAAAACUCACUACCUAGCAACGCUGAAGCUCAUCCCGCAGUGGCUAGCCAUGUUCCUGUUGAAGUCUGGCAUCGCCGACCUCGUCUCGCCGGUUUUCCGUCUCUCCGGAACGUGUGCGACCGACCUGGUGAACACGCUCACCUCUAACAAAGAUCUCCACGUCAUCUUUUCCUACCUGUUCUACGGUGUUCCCCCAAAGGACUCCAGCGUUUUGAUCAAUGCCCUCCUGGUGCACCACUACAAGCGAGGCGCCUACUACCCCAAAGGCGGCGGCAGUGAAAUCGCCUUCAACAUCGUCCGCACCAUUCAGAAAUAUGGCGGGGACUGCCUGGUGCGAGCGCCCGUCUCACAGAUCCUAGUUGACGACAAGGGGGCAGCGCACGGCGUGAAGGUGAGGAAAGGCGGAGAAGAGGUGGAGAUCCACGCCCCGGUGGUGGUUUCAAACUGCGGCAUCUUCACCACCUUCCAAAAACUUCUACCAUCUGAGAUUCAGGUCAAACCAGACAUCCAGGAGAGGCUGAACAUGAUGAAGCACGGCAGAGGAUCCUUUCUGGUGUUUUCCGGUUUUGACGGCAAUGAGGAGGAACUCGGUCUGGAGUCCACAAAUUUCUGGCUGUUCAAAAACAACGACAUGGACAAAUCGAUGGAGGAGUUUUUUGCUCUGAGCAAGGAGGAAGCACCAGACAACAUCCCCAUGAUGUUCAUCACCAUGCCGUCGUCCAAAGACCCGGAGGCCAAGAUAAGACACCCCGGAAAAUCUUGCAUGACCAUCCUGACGAUGGUGAAAUAUGAGUGGUUCAAAGAGUGGAAGGACACCACCGUCCGGAAACGUGGAGACGAAUACCACAAGUACAAAAUGAGAUUCGCCAGCAGGCUCUUUGACUGGGCCUGCCAGUUGUUCCCCAAAAUCAAAGACAAGCUCGUCUUCCAGGACGUGGCGACGCCGCUGACCAACACGCACUACCUGGGCGCCCAGCGCGGCGCCAUGUACUCGGCCGAGCACAACCUGGAGCGCUUCCGAGCGGAGGCGGUGGCGAGGAACCGCUGCCACACACCCGUCAAGAACCUCUACCUCUCUGGCCAAGACGUGUUCAGCUGCGGGAUCGCGGGAGCGCUGCACGGCGGCAUCCUGUGCGCCUCGGCCGUGCUGGGCCGCAUCGUCUACGUCGACCUGCUCUUAAUCAAGAAGAAGCUGAAGAGGCGCAAGGCCGAGGCGCUGGCCCCGCCCCCUCGGAAGAAGCUGAGCUGAGCCCAAGAUGGCGACACCUUUCAAAGCUUGCUUAGACCGUUGCCUUAUUUAUGAUAUGAAUCCAUGUAAGAUAGCAGAGAUGAAAAUGGCCGACUUGGUCAUCACCUCAUGUACAGGAAAUGUUUUUAAAUGUUUUAUUGUGAGCGCGGUUUUUCAUUCUGUUCGAAACCAAAUGAAUAUUAUUUUUAUUUGUAAACAGUAUGAGAAUAGAAAUAGUCUUACUAUAACAAAAUAAAUCAUCAUAAUCUUAUUUAUUGCCACUAUUAAAAAAACUUUGCA